GUACAUUCAUAUCAUUUUUCUUCUGGCCCCCAUGGAGGAAGUGAGAAAGUUGGCACGGUCACCCAGGACUCCGAAGAGCCGGUCAACCGGUGAUAGAUGGACACGGCGAGGAUGAAUUCCUUCCUCGAUUAUCCGCCCAUCCUCAACGGCGAGUCCGCCACUUGCUCACCCCGGGCUUACCACCACCACCACCGCCACCACCAUCACCCCGACCAUGGGAUUACCACCACCACGUUCCAGUCCUGCGCUGUCAGUGCCAACAACUGCAACGGGGACGACCGCUUCCUCGUGGGCAGGGGGGUCCAGAUCAGCCCCCAUCCCCACCACCAGACUGCUACCUACCAGCACCACCCCAACCUGGGGAUGUCCUACGCCCACCCGAGCUGUGGGCCCACCUACGGCGUGCAGAACUUCGGCGCGGGGGGCUACAGCCACUACCCACUCGCUCAAGAGGCAGAGAUUAAUGGGGGCUUCCCCCAGUGCGCUCCUGCGCUCUACUCUGGAAACGUCUCGUCCUCCGUGGUUCAGCAGCCCCAGGUUUACGCUGGGGGCCCCGUGGGCUCUGCUCAGUACAUCCACCCCUCUUACGGGGAAGAGCAACAGAGUCUAACCCUAACCAAUUACAGCCACCCCCUGUCUCCACUUCAUUCGAACCACCAGGAAGGCUGCGCUUCCCCUUCGUCGGAGACUUCUCCUCCCGCCCAGACUUUCGACUGGAUGAAAGUGAAGAGGAACCCUCCCAAAACAGGGAAAGCUGGCGAGUACGGUUAUGUUGGUCAGCCCAACACGGUCCGGACCAACUUCACCACCAAACAGCUGACGGAGCUGGAGAAGGAAUUCCACUUCAACAAAUACUUAACCCGGGCCCGCAGGGUGGAGAUCGCCGCCUCGCUGCAGCUGAACGAGACUCAGGUCAAGAUCUGGUUCCAGAACCGCAGGAUGAAGCAGAAGAAGCGAGAGAAAGAGGGCUUGCUCCCCAUUUCUCCGGCCACCCCAACAGGAAGCGAAGAGAAAGCGGAGGAGUCCUCGGAAAAGUCCAGCCCAUCCCCCUGUACCCCUUCGCCAGCCUCCUCUACCUCAGACACUCUGACUACCUCGAAUUGAAAGACGCGCUGCUCCUCAUUCUCCCUCUAAGGCACAAUCUAAGAGUAAAUUUAUUGUGUUUCGAACUUAUCCCCUUGUUUAUUUUCCGACUCUCACGCAAUUGGCGGAGAGAGCAACCCAAACUCUCACCCUGAACCCUUUGAUCUGGAGACAAGUCUCAUUGAUUUGAAUGGAACUCUCUCACAAAUUUAGCAACUUUGAGGCUGAGAUCCUAUAAGGCCUGCAAGCAAGCUCUCUGGAAGCCAACACGCCUGAGUAGGCAGGCCACAGGACUGCGCUGUUAAAUCAUCCCUAAAUCCCAUGAAAAGGAGCGGGAUGGGACUUUGUGACUAUUUUAAACUCAGUUGAUUUCAAUGGGAGCUGGCUCACGUUGGCUGGGUUGUGGCCCAGGAGUUUAGGACCUCACUCUGAGUAGCUUAUUCAGUAUCACUCACUAAGCCUGCCUCAGCUCCUCAGAGUUGAUCUGUUUUCAUCUCUCUAAAGACUGUAUUGUGGGAACAAUCAAGAGAAUUUGUUAGAUCAGAAUCGAGUUGCCAAAGACAUUGCUACAGUUUUCUCCUCCAACCAAAGACCUGUCAGACCCAAAUUCACGAAUAGAUGCACUAUUGAAAGCGUUUACACGACUUCGAGAACUUUCACCACUUUAAUUUAAUGUCUCUUGUCUUCUCGUGUGUAUGAGUUUUGUUGGUUGUAAAUACUUUGUCCCAGAGAUUUAUCUUUUUACGGAUUUUCUAGAAAUGUUUAGAUAAGAUGAUGAGCUUAAACAGGGUGGUUACAUUCUCAACACUGGAUUCGAUUUUAUAGCGAAAAGUGAGGAUGUCACGAACGAAAAGUUGUUCAACUCAAUCAGAUACCUCAAAAAUCAUAGGUUGCUACUAUUUCUUUGAACGAGCUAGAAAAGAAAGUGGAAAUUGCACUAGGUUUUUAAAAAAUAAACCUUGCUUAUUAGUGUCUACCCCCGCUUUAAAUCCCCCCCUUCCCGAACUCUGUGCUGGAUCAUUCCCAACCCCCAAUAUUAUCAUUAAAAAGGGAGAGGGGAGAUUCCCCCCACCCCCAGAAAACGUUCCUUAGACUUGAAGUCUUUUCAACCCAAUUCCUGAAUGUGAUGAAUGGCCAAACGAAUGUAUAUUUUAUGUGAUUCGUGGAUGGAACUUGCAUGAUGCACAACCGCUUGGAUGUACUCAGUGAAAAUAACACUGAGUUCUAUCAGUUGUCAUUUGUGAUGGAGUACUUUCUGAUUUUUUUCUGUACAAUCAUCCAAGGUUCUGAGAUUCUGUGUUUAAAAAGAAAAAAAAAGAGAGAAAUGAAUCCAGAGCAGAAUUUUACGGGUCCUACAAAUCUCUGUAAUAAAUAUAUUCAUAUCUCAGGUU